CAUCUUUUUCACACACCCGGAAAUGAGUCUCAAGCCACAUCUGAGAAAGACGAUCAGAUUGUGGCCGGUAUCACUCAGACCAUGACCAAGCAACUGCCUCCGUCUACUGCGUACGAAAUCACGGUGACUGUGUUGACCAAUGCGGAUGAAACACGGGACAAUGGAAACAACAACAACAACGCGUCAGCGACCAGUUGGCAUGCUCAACUCCUUCGUGAUCCCACCGUGUGGCUCCAGGAUCACGUCCAGUCCGCAUUUCGAUCAUGGUUACCCUAUGUUGAUAUCCAAUUCUUCUCUCAGCGGUUGCAUGCAGUGAAUAUUGAACAUCUUCAACCUAGUUAUAUAAGUGCAGACCGGAAGUAUCGUUAUUACGCUCAAAGUGACGUAUCCACCCUCGUCAAUCAUCUCGAGUCGUAUUUGGGUGCACCGCAGGCCGCCUCGGCAGCCACCCGUGACUUGGCUGGCACGAAACCGGGACUACAUUUGAUAUUGUCUGUGGCGAUGCCAUCUGGUACCACGCCACCGAACUGCCCCGACCCGUUACGUUUUCACCUGCCCUCUGCCUGGUCUCCAUUUACUCUGACCAAUGUGGCUGUUGUUCCUCAAUGGGGUGGUCUGUUCUUUGUGGACGCGCCUGAUCCUUGUACCCGGGGGCCGUCCGAUUCGACUGCCCCUGAGGACGUCAAACUCGCGCACCAGCUUAUCAGUGUGAUUCGCGUUCUGCUUGGUUUACCUGACCGGAAACCGGAUUUACAAAAUUUAGUUGAACUGCGCUCGACCGGGAUUAUCUCAACUCGUCGUAACUUUCAUACACAACUCGAUGGAUGGUUUCUGCGUCGAACUAUCGAAAGCCUGUUGUCCAUUAAAGUGACCAUGACCUCCCUGGUCGAUCUACUGUCCCGGUUCCCAAAUAUGGUCAUCAACGAUCAUGUGGCUCACGAGGUCACCCGAUCCACUCAGGUUUGGGCCCAGACACUAGACGCAUUGGCAAACGCGCGGACCGGGCCGAAUCACACCUCGAUUCACUUUGGCACGGUGUUUCUUUCCGCACAGGACGCAUUGGAAUCGGUGAACAGUGCGUUUUUCGAUCAUUCCUUGCUCGGUCGAUUGUAUUUCCAGGAGGACCAGAAAUACGGGAUCUAUGUGCCCCUGUUCCUACCUAUCGGGUUCGGCAUCCUCAGUUCGACCAAGACGGCAUUCCGGAUCCUAUUCCCACGGGAAUCGUAG